AUGUUGGGGAUUUUCAACUGCUUCUGGUGGAGUGGGGCAAAUUUAUGCUUCACUGAGCCACCUCUCAACACAAAUUUACCUGAUGUCCCAUUACAGGUCAGUCACCCUGGCAAGACCAGCCUGGAUUACUACAGGAAUGACAGCACAGUGCUGUCUCUGUAUGGAAGCCCGGUGAAUGCCACGGACUUAACGUGCGACAAAAGGCAGGUCAGGCAGUUCGCUCGAGCCUUCCUGCCGGUGUUUUUCUGGAUCAUCUUCUCAGUAGGCACGGUGGGAAAUGCCUUGGUCAUGCUUGUCUACUGCAAGCACCGCUUCAGGAGGAGCAUGAUGGACCGGUACCUGCUGCACUUGGCCAUUGCAGACCUGCUCCUCCUCUUCGCCCUCCCGUUCUGGGCCAAAGCUGCCUCCGAUGGCUGGAUCUUCAAGAACUUCAUGUGCAAAGUCGUCAACAGCAUGUAUAAGAUCAACUUCUACGGCUGCACCUUGUUUCUAACCUGCAUCAGCUUUGACAGGUACAUCACUAUUGUCCAGGUGACAAAAGCUAAAACUUCUAAGCGAAGGCGGCUCCUGCGCAGCAAACUCAUGUGCUUGGCUGUUUGGCUGACGUCCAUAAGCCUGUGCAUCCCAGAAAUCAUCUACAGCCAGAGCGCACGUGUGGGUGACGUAACGGUUUGCAAACUUACGUACCCACCAAACGUCAGCGUGACCUUCAGAGUUACGGUCCUGGCCUUGAAAGUCACAAUUGGGUUCUUCCUCCCGCUCCUUGUCAUGGUUAUUUGUUACACUCUUAUCAUCAACACCCUCCUGCAAGCCAGAAGAUCCCAAAAGCAGAAGUCCCUGAAGAUCAUCACCAUGAUCAUCACCGCUUUCCUCCUCUCUCAGUUCCCCUACAAUGUUGUUUUGCUGAUCAAAGCCAUCAACAGCUACACCAGGCUGGCGUACAGCUGUCAGGCUGCUGACCGCCUGGACAUCGGGCUGCAGGUCACCCAGAGCAUUGCCUUCCUCCACAGCUGCCUCAACCCCUUCCUCUACGUCUUCGCUGGGGAGCGCUUCAGGACGGCGCUGGGCAGGACGAUGCGGAGCGGCGUCGGCGCUGCCGGCGCAGACCGAGAGCGGUGCUCCUCCACCUGCAGCAGCCAGGAGCACAGCUCAGACUGGUCCUUUGCCAUGCUGGGCAGGCGGCGGGUGAGAAGCUCCCUGACCCUCGGCACCCACUUCACCUCCUCCGUUAUGCCCCCCCCUUGCCAAGUCUUCUGA